GUGAAAAUAGUGCAUAUGAACAACUGUUUCAAGAGGGCUUCUUAAUGAAAAAAAAAUGAGAGAAGUUGGCAGAGGCAGGAGGCAAAAGUGAGGUCCAGAGAGGGACUUUUUAAGACAGGAGAACUAGGAAUGUGUGUGUGACAGGGAGGAACUGAAGUCAGGAGCAUUAUGGUUAUUCCAGAUCUCUACCUGAAUGCCAAAGGAGGUACAGUGUCCUACUUUGAGUGGGUGAAGAAUCUAAAUCAUGUCAGAUAUGGCUGUUUGACCUUCAAAUAUGAAAGGGAUUCUAAUGACCACUUGCUCAUGUCUGUUCAAGAGAAUUUAGCAAGAACGUUUGGAAAGCACAGUGGAACUAUUCUCAUUAUACCCACAGCAGAGUUCCAAGACAGGAUAUCAGGUGCAUCAGAGAAAGACACCAUGCACACCGACUUGGUGUACACAAUGGAGAGUUCUGCCAGACAAAUUAUGUGCAUAGCCAUGAAGUUUAACCUGGGAUUGGACAUGAGAACCACCGUCUAUGUCAACGCCAUUAAGAAAGUCUUCAAAGUGUACAAUGAAGCCAGUGUGACCUUCACGUAGAUGGCUCGUGAGUGACUUCCUUGCUACCCUCUUCACCUGUAACUUCUGCAGACCUACCACUGGUUGACACAUU